UUUUGAAUUUGAAUUCACAGAUAGCGGACACCAUCACACCAAUAAACCAUUCUUCCUUCAUCUCUGUCGUUUUUCUGUUGAAACCCUAACACUGAAUCAAGGUGAUAAUGACGGCGGCGGCACCACCACCACCGACCGGCCGUGAGCUGUCGUCCCCUCCUACCGACGGCAUUUCCAACCUCCGCUUCUCCAACCAUAGCGACCACCUCCUCGUUUCCUCCUGGGACAAGAGUGUUCGACUGUACGACGCGAGCGCCGAUAAACUGAAGGUGCAGUUCGUGCACGGAGGUGCCGUACUUGAUUGUUGCUUCCACGAUGAUUCCUCCGGGUUCAGUGCUUCCGCUGAUCACACUGUUAGAAGGCUUGUGUUCGACUACAAAAACGAGGAUAUUUUGGGGAGGCAUGAUGCCCCUGUCCGUUGCAUUGAUUACUCAUACGCAACCGGACAAGUUAUAACUGGUAGUUGGGACAAAACGUUGAAGUGUUGGGACCCUAGAGGUGCAAGCGGUAAGGAACAUUGCCUUGUCGGAACGUACAUGCAACCCGAGCGCGUCUAUUCAUUAUCUCUCGCUGGCAAUCGUUUGGUGGUUGCAACUGCUGGAAGACACGUAAAUGUGUACGAUAUACGGAACAUGUCUCAACCUGAACAACAAAGGGAAUCUUCUCUCAAGUAUCAGACAAGAUGUGUCCGCUGUUAUCCUAACGGAACAGGUUAUGCUCUUAGUUCUAUCGAAGGUAGGGUUGCAAUGGAGUAUUUCGAUCUCUCCGAAGCUAGUCAAUCGAAAAAGUAUGCAUUUAAAUGUCACAGAAAAUCGGAAGGGGGAAAGGAUAUUGUCUACCCUGUGAAUGCCAUUGCAUAUCACCCUAUCUACGGUACUUUCGCUACUGGAGGUGGUGAUGGAUAUGUUAAUGUGUGGGACGGGAGCAAUAAAAAGAGGUUGUAUCAGUAUGCAAAGUUGCCGACGAGUGUUGCUUCUUUGUCAUUCAGCAGAGAUGGCAGACUAUUGGCUGUUGCAUCUAGUUAUACGUACGAAGAGGGAGAUAAACCACAUGAGCCGGAUGCCAUAUUCGUGAGAAGCGUCGGUGAAGUAGAAGUGAAGCCAAAGCCUAAAGUGCUAUCAAAUCCUGCUGCAUAAGAAUAGAUUAAGACUAUAAGCUACUUGUGUAAUUUUUCUAAACGUGUAAAACGUACUAAGCCAUCUGCAGAUUCAUUUGUUAUAUGAUCAUGCUCUCGUUGAUUACUCUUGACUGUUGAUAGUUGAAAAACAUCGUAAACAACAAUAUUUUAAAUGAUUUAGUAUUUAAACA